AACACAAAGUCCAAUGAGUUAUCACUUAAGAAAAAACUCCAACUCCUUCCUCAAUUUGGCUGAUGAUGUGAUCACUCACAUCCUGUCAAAACUCCCAGUUGAAUCUCUUCAACGUUUUAAAAUUGUAUGCAAACGUUGGUGUUCAACCAUAAAGGACCCUAAAUUCAUCAAGUCUCAAAUCGACGAAUCGUCGUCCAAUAUUAAUCAUCAAAAAAUUCUCUUGAUUUCAUCGAAAAUAGCUCCAUCGCCUUGUUUGGAGUAUAACAUGUUGGCGUUUAACAUCGGUUCGACAUAUGCAUCAUCGCUUAGCAUUAAUUCUCAAGUUGUUUCUCUCCAACCACCAAGCUUUUUUAUGUCCCAAGAUGUUUCUUAUCCAUCGGUGAGUUCUUGUAACGGCUUGUUAUGUAUGGUGUAUAGCUUCAAAAUAUUUUUAUGGAAUCCCGUGAUCGGGAAAUAUAAAAUUGUUGACAAGCCCGAUCAUUACGUGUUGAAACGUGUUAAUUGUUACGAAUCAGCGCUAUAUGGUUUUGCGUAUGAUUCUGUUACUGAUGAUUAUAAGAUAGCCGCUACAUUUGUGAUUAAAGCAAAGAAUAGCCGUUACAUUGUUGGAAUAUACUCAGUGAAUAGUGAGUCUUGGAAAAAGAUUCGCACUAUUCCUGCUGGCUAUCGCUUGUUCGAUCAAAAUCCAGUCUCAUUAGAUGGUACUAUUAACAUGAUGGCAACUAGAAAUGAUGGUAGCGCAUUUGAUAAGUUUGCGAUUAUUUCUUUAUUGGUGUCUGAUGAGAAAUUUGUUGUAACGCCCGUCCCAUUGCAAUACUGUGGGAAUCAUAUGAAAUUGUCUAAUUUUGCUAAUCAUCUCUAUCUUUCGGUGUUUGUUGAGAUGGAUUUUUUGGUGUGUUCCUUGGAGAAAGAAGGAGAAUGGUGGACAUGGACUAAUGUCAUGAAAAUUCCUACAUUAGGCUCACUCAUUGGAAUUGGAAAUCACAAUUGCUACUUGGAUGAUAUUAUAUGUUUGAAGGAAAAUGGAAAUAUCUUAUGGAGGAAAACGGAUGGUGGUUUUCUGGAGUACAAUGUGCAGAAUGAAGAAGUAACUGAGUUUACCCUGAAUCAAAUUCCGCCAACUACUGAUGUAUCCAUCUUGUUCACUGAAAGUUUUGCUUCCUUGAAAGUUCCGUGGGACUAGAAAAUUUGACUAUCAAACUAUAUUUUGUUGUAUUAAAUUUGCAUUGUAUUACCCUGAUUUUUGCGUGAUCAUUAAUGAGAUUCUUAUGCUCUCUGACGCUCGGAUUGUUGUGUUGCAGUUAGUAAUUUUUGUUGUGGUUUGUUAAAGUUAUA